GAAACAAAGGCAUGGAGGAUUGUGAAAUUAUUGGAAUGAUAUUCGAAAUGAUUGGGGACGUGCUGUUUGGCAGUGAUACCUCAUCAGAUGAUGACUAUGAUUCGUCAAGCACCUAGAUUAUUAUAAUCCGCAAGCCUAAUAUAAGUAAUCAAGUGCAUUAAUCCACUAAUAUAUACAAAAUACAAUUAACCUUCAAAAUAAAGCUAUAAAUACUAAACAAAAUUGUAAAGCUACCAAAGUACAACCUACAAUAUGGACUGCUGUGAGCUGCCGGAAAUAUUUUUGAGCUUCCUUAACGACCUCUUCUUCUCAGAUAUAAGUAAUGAAUUUGUAAUAUUACCAAAUAGAGCUGUAAUCAUAUUAUUUAUUGUUUAUAAAGCCGAUGAGGAGUACUUUGGCGAUUAUAACGACAACUACAAUUGAAAUAGACCAGUGAUCGUGAGCAAAUAAAGUUGAUAUGAGCAUUUACCUUUAAAAGCUUUUCAAUAGGCAUAUACUCGUGUAUUUUCUGUAUUUGACCCAAAUCAUGCAAUCAUUUCUGAUUCGAAUUAAGUCCGAAUUGGUUGAGCGUUUUUGUCAUGGCUCAUUAAAGGGAUCUGAUUCAAAACAGCUCUGGGACUGCUAUGCCAUUAUACUUGGUUACAAAACGUUGACAACACCGGAUCAAAAAUGUUUUGGGAUCUACUCGGUGGAAUUUUUGAGUUUAUUUUCGGGCUCUUGUUUCCUAGUAAGUUUUUUUACAUUAAUCCUAUACCUUUAUAGCUGUUUUUGUUGCCAGGUUCCGGUAGUGGGGACGAACCAGACUCCGAGGAGGUGGAAACCACUUGAUGGCCUACAUGGGCUAACAUAUUAUUUUUUCAAUUUUAAGAUUUCCAUGUUUUUGCUUUAUUACAUCUACGUAAAAUUUAUAUAUUAAACAUGAAUUGCUUCAACAGCUACUA